AUGGGUGACACUAUUUCACAAGAGAAAAAUAAAAGGAGGGUUGUCACUUGUGCUAAAGAGGAUAUAAUCAGUAACUUGCCUGAACACUUAAUAGACUCAAUCUUAGAGCGGGUCCCACUUGAAGAAGCUGCAAGGACAAGCAUUUUAUCAAAAAAUUGGAGGUACAGAUGGACCAAAAUGGGGGCACUGGCUUUUGAUGAGCAGUUCUUCAAAAAAUAUGCAAAAAAUGGAGCUUUUGGUCGUAAUGGGUUUAUAAGGAUCAUAAACAAAGUCUUGAUCCUUCAUAAUGGUCCUAUCUCAAAAUUUCUUCUCCAUAUACCAAAUAUGAAUAUGUUUCUUGAUUGCUUCGAAGAAGUCGAUCAAUGGAUGCUACUCUUAUCAAGAAACAGAGUCAAGGAACUCAUUCUUACUAAUUCAAAUCAACGUUAUCAACUUCCUUCUUAUGUGUUUUCUUGUCUAGAAUUGACAAAGUUGAAAAUGAAAAACUGUUUCUUUAAGCCACCACUUAAUUUUGAAGGAUUUCUCAAUCUUAAAGAUCUUAAUCUCCGAUGUAUUGACUUUGGGGCUAGCUUGUGUGGAACUCAGAUCAACUUACCACAACUUAAGAAGUUGUCUCUGCAUAAGUGCACAAAUGUUUACAAUUUCAACAUUAAGGCUACAAAAUUGGAAAAAUUGACUGUCAUUGCUUGCCCUGAUACUAUAUUGACCACAAUGUUAAGUAACAUGACCAAAAUUAAAUGUUUUUUCGUCGAUGCUCAGUUUCUCAAGAUUUUUACUGCAGAAAAUAUUCCAAAGUGGGUUCCACAACCGAUUAAUAGCUUAACGAGGUUGUGGUUCCAAAAAUUUCAACUUGGUGACUUGCAUCAACUUAAUGGUGCUCUUUGUUUGCUUCGGAACUCACCAAAUCUAAAGACACUAGGGAUGCACUUGGAAAUGAAAAAUGGAGAUAACGUAGGACCCGCUUCAAGUAUUUUGGAAUCUCCAAACUGCUUGGAUAUAUCGAAUCGAUUGCAAACUGUGAAGAUAGAAUGUUUACAAGGAUCAAAACCCGAACUGCUUUUUGUAAAACUUCUUCUUGCUCAUUCCUCUUCUCUACGGAAGUUUACCAUCACACCAAGUCGAAGUCUUGAUGUUAAAAAAAUACUUGACAUCUCAAAGGAUGUUAUGCGGUUCUCUCGAGCAUCACCAAAAGCAGAAAUGAUCUACUUGAAUCCAAAGCCAUAA